AUGGCUGACAACGUGUCCAGCCCAGUGUCAUCAGUAGUUAUGGCAACCAGUGUUUUUGCUACGACAAUGAAGCCAAGCACGACCACUGUGUUCCGACCCUCAGAAGCCAUCAUCUCGAACGAAGCGCUGGAAGUUAUUGAGAACCUCUUCGACGUCGGGCUUAUAUCUAUGCUCGCCAUUAUGGGCAUCGUCACUAAUGUGCUUGAUAUACUCGUGUUUGGGGCUCAAGGGUUCCGAGACAGCGUCAACAUCUCCCUGACGGCCAUAGCCGUAUGGGACUUGAUCAAGUGUGUGUGUGGCAUCACAAUUCGGGUCUACGGACCGCUGGGGUGGGCGUCGCCCGCCUACAGACAGACCUGGAAGAACCUGACCACGCCCACUCUUGUUUAUUUACAGGUCAAAUCCAUUGUGACCCCAAAACUGACCUUCAUCAUGAUGGUUGUCAUCUCCAUUCUGACCUUAGCCUCGCUCGGAAUCAUCUACUUCAUCUACGACAUCGAGUGGCAGUACAGCACAGAGUUCAACACCACGAUCGCCGUGUACAAAUACAACGACUUCUACAAAGAACACGGAGACAUUGUCAUCGAGUACUUCAACCUUAUCGGCAUCAUCAACCCAAUCAUCUGCUUCCUCGUCAUCGUCACCUGCACGGGCAUCAUCGUCUACCAGCUUCAGAAGAUGUCCCGCUUUCGCAUUCAGUCCCAGCACAAAUCGGCGACGGGCGAGGUCCAGGGGGAUAUGACCAGUCGUGACCGUCAGGUGGUCAAGAUGUUGCUGGUGGUGAUCGUGGUGUAUAUCGUGGCGUUGAUGCCUCGCUUCGCCCACUACAUCGGCAAGAUGAUGGAGCCCGAGUUUUACUAUCUCAAGAAGUACCACAACAUGUUUAAUGUGAGCGCCUACACAGUCCUGCUCUUCGACUACAUCAACGCCUCUGUCAAUCUCUUCAUCUACCUCUCCAUGAGCUCCAAUUUCCGCGCCACUUUCUACACUCUUUUCCCGAGGUGCAAGAAACAAGACGCAUAA